AGAAGAUGGCAGUGAACGUAUAUUCAACAUCAGUCACCAGUGAUAACCUAAGUCGACAUGACAUGCUGGCCUGGAUCAAUGAGUCUCUGCAGCUGAAUCUGACGAAGAUCGAACAGUUGUGCUCAGAUUUUAUUUAUUUGUCAGAGAGAGAGAGACAGAGGCAGGCAGAGGAAGCAGGCUCCUUGUGGGACUCGAUCCCAGGACCCUCGGAUCAUGACCUGAGCUGAAGGCAGACGCUUAACUGACUGAGCCACCCAGGCGUCCCCAUUGUGGUUUUUUUUUCUAUGCGUAUAUAUAUUAGAGUGGCUAUUUUUAUAUAUAUGAAGACAUUUUAUGGGGGCUGCCUACUGUCAGUUUAUGGACAUGCUGUUCCCUGGCUCCAUUGCCUUGAAGAAAGUGAAAUUCCAGGCUAAGCUAGAACAUGAAUACAUCCAGAACUUCAAAAUACUACAAGCAGGUUUUAAGAGAAUGGGUGUUGACAAAAUAAUUCCUGUGGACAAAUUAGUAAAAGGAAAGUUUCAGGACAAUUUUGAAUUUGUUCAGUGGUUCAAGAAGUUUUUUGAUGCAAACUAUGAUGGAAAAGACUAUGACCCCGUAGCUGCCAGACAAGGUCAAGAAACUGCAGUGGCUCCCUCCCUUGUUGCUCCAGCUCUGAACAAACCGAAGAAACCUCUCAGCUCUAGCAGUGCAGCUCCACAGAGGCCCAUUGCAACACACAGAACUACUGCAACCCCUAAGGCUGGCCCGGGUGUGGUGCGAAAGAAUCCUGGUGUGGGCAACGGGGAUGACGAAGCAGCUGAAUUGAUGCAGCAGGUCAACGUAUUGAAACUUACCGUCGAAGACUUGGAGAAAGAAAGAGAUUUCUACUUUGGAAAGCUAAGGAACAUUGAAUUGAUUUGCCAGGAGAACGAGGGGGAAAACAACCCAGUAUUGCAGAGGAUCGUGGACAUUCUCUAUGCCACAGAUGAAGGCUUUGUGAUACCUGAUGAAGGGGGCCCACAGGAGGAACAAGAAGAGUAUUAAUGGCCUGGACCAGCAGAGCAACAUCCGAAUUCUUCACUCCAAAUCAUGUGCUUAACUGUAAAAUACCCCCUUUUAUUAUUCUUAGAGGACUCACUGGUUUCUUUUCAUGAGCAAACAGUACCUCUUCUUAAAGUGCACUUUGCAGAAGUUUCACCCCUUUUCCAAUGAGUUUGAGUUAGGAGCUUUUACCCUGUAGCAGAGCAGUAUUAACAUCUAGUUGGGUCACCUAGGGAACAAAGAGGCUGACCAUGGGGCUCACCGUGUGGACGCUGGUAACACUGAUUGCUGGAGAAGGUGUUUUUAUGUGAUACUCUGAGGUGGAAACCUCAGUAGAGAAAUGUAAAGACUGAUUUGAAUUUUAAGCUAAUGUGAAAUCUUGGCAGAGAACGUUUUAAUAAAUAAAUGCCUUAAGAGUAUUUAAAAUAUGCUUCCAUAUUUCAAAAUAUAAAAUGUAACAUGACAGGAGAUUUUACAUGUUUGACAUUGUAUCUGGGAAGGAAGAAGGGCCAGACCUCUGGACCUUCGGAAUCUGCUGUUCACAGGCCUUGCAGGGCUGCUUGAAUCCUCAAAGACCUAGACCUUGGCCCAAAAGGAAAGUUUAAAAAGUUGCUCUGUGAAGCCAUUUGGUGUCCUUGACCAGUAGUAUCCCUGCUCUAAGAAGUAAGAGGCAUUGUUGCCUGGAUGAAUAGAGGGUGUGUUUCAGCCCUGGGAUGUUUGAGUUGAAGAGCUUGAAUUUCAUUGAACAUUUCUCUGACGAUUUUUUCCAGUUAUCCCUGAAAUUUCUAUGUAUUGUGUUUCUUGGGGAAUGAGGUAUGUCCAGUUUUUAAAUCUAACAACUACUUUUGGGGACUUGCCCACAUCUCUGGGAUUUGAAUGGGGGUCGUGUCCCAUUUUACUGUCUUUUAAGUUUACAUUGAACAUGUUUCUCUUCUCUGCUCCCCUCGCCCACUGGGGACUCCUCUUUGGCUCCUUAAAGUUUGCUGCUUAGAGUGUAAGUUCAGCAGGCAGGUGGUCACGCUACAAGUUCUUUCUGGACUUCUGGCAAAGGGAGUGACCAUUGAAGGCCAUCGCUACCUUGGGAUCUGCAAGGCUGGGUGUUCUCGGUACCUGCUGUCCACCGCCCUCCACUGUUAUCAGAAUACUUUGCCAGUGCACUAAUCUCUUUGGAGAUAAAAUUCGUUAGCGUGUUACUAAAUGUUAAUUUUCUUUUGCAGAAGAUACAGUACCGUGUCUGAAUUAAUUAUUAAUAUUUAAAAUAUUUCAUUCCUUAACUCUUCCUCAUUUGCUUUGCCCCUAGCCUAUUCAGUUCCUUUGUUUGGCAGAAUUCUGCAAAAUGUGUGUCACCCACUACUGAGAUUGUUCAGUCCCUGAUGUAUUUGUAUUGAUUUGUUCCUGGUGGUAGCUUGUCCUAAAAUGUGUGUAGAAAGCAGAUAUUUUAUGAUAAAAUUGUUGUGUAGUGCAUGCUCUGUGUGGAAUUCAGAGGAAAACCCAGAUUCAGUAAUUAACAAUGCCAAAAAAUGCAAGUAACUAGCCAUUGUUCAAAUAACAGUGGUGCUAUUUCUCUUUUGUGGCCUUUUAGACUUUUGUUGCCCUAAAAUUCCAUUUUUUUGGGAACCCAUUUUCCACCUGGUCUUUCUUGACAGGGUUUUUUUCUACUUUAAACAGUUUCUAAAUAAAAUUCUGUAUUUCAAGAGUGUCAUGUCUUCUGAAAUUUGUCUUGUCCUGGGUAUAUUCUUUUAGGUUCAAAUGGUAAGGUACCGAUUCUUCUUUCUUAAAUUCAGAGUGAUCUUUUCAGUCUUCCGCUGUUUUUUCAAAUGUACUUAUUUCUAAGCCUGUUCCUUUUUUCUCCGUUCUUCACAUUUCUCAGUCUCCUGCUGUUAGACAUUCUCAUGUUACCGUGAGAGGUCUUUGAGAAGCCCAAGGCUUGGCCCCGCAGCCUUGAAGCCUUUUCGGGCGGAUUCCUCCUGAGAACUGCCGCAGCACAGUGCUGGCUGGCUGCCCCGGGGAGAUGCUUCCCCCCUCCCCUGAAAGUAUGUUUCAGAGGCAGUGACCACGGUCUGAAUCUAUGAAAUAGCCUGGAAUUGUCAUCAUUUUCCCCUCCCUUUUAAAAUUCUAUGCUAUAAGAAAUGAGUUCAAAAGGAGACUUGCUGCCAUUUUCAGUAUGAAGUAAAGUUAAAUGGGUAGGAGGUAGUUUCUGUAUGAUCUUUAGGGUUCUUGCCACACUUAUGGAUGCUCUGUAAACCCAACUUGAUGAUUUUGCCUAGGGUUAAAUCCACGUUACUUCCCCUAGAAAUUAGUGGUAUGGUACCUUUCUUGAAAUGUUGUGCACCUUCAGAAGGAAUUUGGCACCCCACGUGUUGGCAGUCUACAAGAAGAUACCUCCAGGCAUGCUUGGAGUUGGUGAAGAUACUAUAUAUAGGGUAACGUCAACUAAGAAGUUACCUUGGAAGGAGUGAAGCUGAUCCUCUGUGUACCUCUGGCCUAAGUCUAUUGACCUUGUUCUUUAGGCUGAGGCCUAUAAAGUCUUGAUAGGACUAGUUCAGGUUAGGUCACUUGGUGCAGUUAACUUGAAUAAGCUGUUUGGUUUGCUUGGCGAGUUCUCUGUUGCUUGAGGAAAGGUAAACACAUGGGUCCUCUGGCUGGACUGGGAUUUAUGAUUCACUCAGGCUGGUGGUCCUCAAACUAAUGGGCUUCAGAAUCACCUGGGGAACUUGACUGACGUAUUUCUGAAGUCCAUCUCCAGAAAUUGAGUCGGAAGAUUGAAAAUCUGCAUUUUACUAUGUAUCUCAGGCGACAUGGGCUUGAUGUAGCCCUCAGACUUGUACUUUGGCCUUACAUACGUGCCUACAAGUUCAAGUCUGAUUCUGAUGGGGGAACAUCAGAUUUGAGUCCUUGCAGGUCCCUCCUAACUUUGUGACUUCUCAGCUAAUUGAUCUCUCUUGUUCUGACCUGCAAAAUGGGGAUGAUGAUGUUGGCCGAAGAGCCUCACUCACUGGGUACUUGUUGGGAUCAGUAUGAGCUGCUAGAAAAAGCAGCCACAACGUUAGAAAGCCCCGCAUAGGUUCUUCAGAUCAGCUGACAUUCUCUAGAAUUUCUAGAUCUGAAAAGUUUAGGACAGGGUUUUUGUAUCCUGAAAAUUCAGGAGGGCACUGCUUAAGAUAGGCUUCCAGUACUUUGUAAAGUAAGUAACAAGUUCCUUUACUGUUUCUUUUUCAGCUUGGUGGUGGUAUUGAGGAGUCCAGCUCCUUUAGGUUUUCAGAUUAUGAUUUUCAUCCUGUUUUUCCUGAGGGAAAUUGAAGUCUAAACACACAUUUCACCAUUUUCUUUGAAAUGAAGAUUCAGUGAUUCAGUAAUUCACAUUCAUUGAUUUAAAAACUUGUAUUUUCUUCAAGGUGUACUCUCUAGAAUGUAAUAUGGUGUUGGACAGGAAGCAGUUUUGCUAUAACCAAAGUGACUCUAGAGAAGUUUUUCUUUAAGGAGUAUUUUACAAGGUUUGGUAUGAGGAGCUCCUUUUGUGAUAUUUACCACAGUUCACCAUAGUCCACAAACACAACCUAGGCUUUAAGCCUGAUGAACCUAAUGAGAUCAGUGCGGGUGACCCAAAUCUGGCUGGUGUCAACAGAGCGCAUGGAAGUAGAAGUAAUGGCUUGAACCACACUGACCCUGAGCCUGUGGUCAGUGUUGAGGUAGAAUUUAGGACGAUGUCCUACUUUUGAGUUCACACAGUGUAGGUUAGCCACCAAAGCCUAGAACUUUGUAGAUGGUAUCAAGAGAGAGAGUUAGAAUUGCAGAGUGAUCUGUCAGCAGUUGGCAGUUCUGUCACAUCUUACCUUAAAAAUUAAAAAAAAAAUUCCUCCCUUUUCCUGGUUUAUUUGAAGUGUUUUCCCCAGUCUGCAGGUAUUGUUGGGAUUGGCUGGGUGCAGGCAUGAGCAAGAGGAGGAAGAGGAAUUUAUUCUUUUUACUAACCCUAACCCUAACUUUAGUUCUGGUUGUAGAAUGAGAUUUGGGAAGUUGGUAGGUGUGAUUCAGCCCAUCUGGGUAAGUCUUAACAGAGCUGGCUUUAUGGUUCCUCCUAGUUUUCAGUGGGGGCAGAGAGGAGUUUCUAAGAUUCAGCCUUAGCGUGUGAGUCACAAAAUUGCAGUGUAGACUAUUAAAGUCAAGUCCAGGGUUAAGCAUACAAGUGGGUAGACUGAAUGUAUAAAGGGAGUGUGUGGCUUGAGUCCUCUGACCUUUACCAAAAUGAACGAGGGAGUCAGUGGGACCAGCAGUUGAGACCACGGUCCUCCUCCAGGCCUGCAUCCCAGGUCUCCAGAGCACAGUUUUUCAUUGGUUCAGUGGGGAGUGGGCCAAGGAUGGUUUCCCCAAGAUCUCUUUUGGACCAGAGACAGUUACUUAGGUCUGUGAAAAGCUGAUCUCAGAAAAGAAUGGAGGAGUGCCUAGUUCUGGCAAAUGAUGCCCCUGGGGCCAGUUUUCAUCAGGAGAGGGACAGCUUUGGUUCAGAGAAAAACACGAUCUUUCUUAGCAUCAGCUGCAUACACUUUGUAUGUGGAAGUUUGAAAAAAUUCUCACAAUGAAAUUGUAAAGUGUACAAUUUCUCUGUGUUUUAAUAAAAGUUUUGACUCUAGGGGUGCCUGGGUGGCUCAGUUGGUUAAGCAUCUGACUCCCGAUUUCAGCUCAGGUCAUUUUAUUUUUUAGAGAGGGAGAGAGAAGGGUGGGGAGGGGCAGAGGGAGAGGGAGAGAAAGAAUCCCAAGCAGGCUCCAUGCCCAGUGUAGAGCCCAAUGUGGAGCCCAGCAUGGGGGCACCAUCUCACAACCCUGAGAUCAUGACCUGAACCAAACUAAGAGUUGGUCACCUAGCUGACUGAGCCACCCAGGUGCCCCCAGCUCAGGUCUUGAUCUCAGGGUUGUGAGUUCAAGCCCUGCAUCGAGCUCCACGCUGGGCAUGGAGCCUACUUUUAAAAAAAGUUUGUAAAAGAAGCUUUGACAGGAGAAGUAACAAGUAGUUUAACACGCAUUUGGCUGCAAGCUGCAGGGAGAGCUUUGCUAAUACAGCAGUCCCACCGUAGCUGCAGAGGAUACAUUUCCAAGACCCCCAGUGGAUGCCCGAAACCGCAGCUAGUACUGAUUCCUCUGUGUACUACGUUUUUUCCUAUACAGACAUACUUAUGAUAAAAUAAUUUAUAAAUCAGGCACAGUAAGAGAGUAGCAACAACUAAUAAUAGAACAAAUGGAACAGUAUACUGUAAUAAAAGUUCAAUGAAUAUGGUCUCUCAGAGGAUCUUAGUGUGCCAUCCUCCCCCCUUCUUGUGAUGAUGGGAGAUGGUGAAACGUCCAUGUGUGGAGGUGAAGUCAGGCGAAUGACGUAGGCACUGUGACGUAGUGUUAGGCUACUGUUGACCUUUGCUUCCAGGCCGCAGUUGGCUGUGGGUGACAGGCCGUGGAGAGUGAAUCUGUGGGGAAGGCGGCCUGCUGUACGCCCAUCCCCGAAUCGCCGUGUAGUACAAGACUCUAGAUAUGCUGCACUGGGAUCUGCUGUGGCUUAUCCUAGUUGGGUUUGAGUGACCUGCAGGUUCCUUUCCUCCCUUCCUUGCUCACCAGUAGUUCUACUACGUUUGUAUUCAUAGUUCUCAUAUGGGGGCCCUGUUGAUUUAUUUUGAGGUAGUUCUAGUGAUUUUAAGGUCUGUCAUACCUCAUGGUCCAUCUGGAUUUUAGCAUUCUAAAGGUUUCUAACCCAAUACUACCUUUUUUUUUUUUUUGGUAUUUUAUAUGUUUUUCUAUAGAAGGAUGGGAGAGUUAAAUGUAUAAUUACAUAUGACUGCUGUUUUUAGUUUAAAAUCUGAAUCCUGCAUGGUUGAAUGGAAUAAACUGUUUGUGUUUUUUACAGGUAGCUGUAGGCUAUCCCAGCUUGCCUCUGUGUGCACCACCCUCCCUAUUAAUUUUAAAGGCUGAGAGAAGAAGUAAUUCAAUGUUGAAUGAAAUAAAAAUAAUUAAAAAAAAUUUCCUAAGAAUUUCUAAUUCUGUGAUUUAAUAUUUUCCCCCCAGUCCUUAAGAAGUGUUUUCUUUUGGGGGGAGGAGGUGGGUAAGUACUUAAUGAAGCACAUUGAGAAUAUGUUUUUUUUUUUUAAAUCCUGGUAUUUUGAAAUCUUUGGCAUUUGAACUGUGUUAAAGAUUUAUUUUAGAGAGUGUAGGGGUGGGGAGGGGCAGAGGGAGAGAAUCCCAAACAGACUCCUUGCUGCAAGUGGGGCUUAACACAGGGGCUCCAUCCCACGACCUGAGCUGAAAUCAAGAGUCAGAUGCUUAACUGAGCCACCCAGGGGCCCCUAGGAGAUUUUACUUGUGAACAUCUUCCUUCCCACUUCUAUUUUUAGUUUUUUGGGUUUUGUUUUGUCUUGUUGUGUCUUUUGGUUUUUUAACCUGAGUUAUUGAUGGUCAUAUUUUCAUUCUUUUUAGGUGGGAGUUUUCUGAGCUUUCUUUACCUAAAGAGUGGAAUGCAUCUUAAUAUUUCCCCUUUUUUCUCCUGUUUCUUCCCAGGGAAGGAGAAAUAUAUUUAUUAUGACAAUUUAGCAUAUUUUAGGCUCAUAUCGAAAAAUUGACAAGUGCAGGAAUACAUAGAUGUAUGUAUGAAAGCCAACAAGAGUGGGAAACAGUCAAAUGUGGAGCCAUUCGCCUUGUUUUCUUUUUUCAGUAAAUCCUUCUAGUAUUAAUACCUAGUUUAAUAAAACUGAUUUUAAAGAGUUGUACCUUUUAUGACAUUUCAUUGAACCACUCUACUUUUAAUAUUCUACAGUGUGACAAAAUUGUGUCUCCAUUAUUGAUGAAACGGGAGCAGACUUUUUCUUUUUUUGUGUGUUGGUGUUGUCUUUGUGGUAUAGAUCUGGGGAGAAUGUCUUGUUUGGUGGUAAAUUAACAUUUUGGUAACAUCUAGGUCACGAAAUAGGAUUUAACCUGGGUAUCUUUAAACCCGGGUAUCCAUGUCCCUGGUUGAAAUCUUCCCAACAGAUUUAUCUUUGACCAAGUCACCCUGUUGUGUUGUGCCAUGGACCAAGAUUGAACAGUGCUGCAUCUAGUCCAGGGCUCUCUGAGGUUAGAUCGAAGGACCCCCAUCCACAAUGCUCUUGUAGCCUUCCUCUUGUCAAAGAAUUGGAGCUCACGCAGAGGACAGCAUGGAGAGCUCCUGUGCCUUCCGUGUCCCAACUGUGGGGGCCAAUUGGCCUUUUGGUUUUGGUGAAUCCUCCUUUAUAAGGCCCCCUGGCAUUUCGCACCGUUUCCGUGAGAGGUGGGCACUGUGCUGUGUAUGUCCUACGGGGCAUGUUGUACUCAUACUUGUCCUGUCUGUGCUGUAGCUCCUGUCGUUGCUGUAAGCUCAACUUUUAUCAAUAAAGAGAAUGUCUCACAUCGGAUGAAA